AUCAAGGUGUGAGAGCGAGUCUAGGCGCAUCCCUUCGUGCUUCUCUCGCCGCCGAUCUCCACUCGCAUCGAUCCUUUACUUUGUUCGCUGCUCUUCCUUCCGCUGGUUACAGUGAUCUGAAGCCUGAAGUCCACCGAUCUUUUUAUCCCUCCGGUUUUCCGCUAUCGGUAGAUGGCGGCUGAUUCGCCCACGGCUGACCGGAAAGUGGUUGUUCACCUGAGGGCCACUGGCGACGCUCCUAUUCUUAAACAAGCCAAGUUCAAGAUUUCCGGAAGUGACAAAUUCUCAAAGGUCAUUGAAUUUUUGCGGCGCCAACUUCACCGUGACACUUUGUUUGUAUAUAUCAACAGUUCGUUCUCACCAAACCCAGAUGAAUUGGUGAUUGAUCUCUAUAAUAACUUUGGAUUCGACGGUAAACUAGUCGUUAACUACGCUUCUUCCAUGGCAUGGGGAUGACUGCUGAGCAAGAUCUACGGCCAUGUACAAGUUAAAGAAAGGCGCUUCUCCCUGUAAAUGCUGGUUAUUAUUAUUGCCUCAAAUGUAUCAUCAGAAGAUAACAAAUGAUGAUAUGUUUGCCGUUCUCUUAAAAAAAAAAAACCUUAGGAUCCCUGUGGCCUUUCUUCAUGUCAGAAUUACUUUCUUUUUACCCUUCAUUUUUGACUUUUGAUUUUUUCCCACAUGAGCCCAAAUUUAUAUCGUUUGGUAUGUAGAUAUUGUGGUUAUAAUUGGGCCAAGAAAAUUUCAUAAUUUGUUCAAAAGUAAGUAAAAUUAAGUUUGUCUGGACUUGGGUAUAAA